UUCGUUUAAGCUUUUCCUUGAGUUGGAGCCACAACUGCGGGACGUGUUGUACAAGUUCCAUGAGUCUCAGUAUGCUGCCUGUUUGAAACUCUUGGAUGAAAUGAAGGAUAACUUCAUGUUAGACAUGUAUUUAGCACCACAUGUCAAUACUUUGUACAGUCAAAUUAGAAACAGGGCUCUUGUACAGUACUUCAGUCCUUAUGUGUCAGCGGAUAUGGAGAAGAUGGCGCGUGCGUUCAACACGACAGUGUCUAAACUUGAAGAUGAGCUGUCAGAGUUGAUACUUGAUGGCCAGAUACAGGCCAGAAUCGACUCACACAACAAGGUUCUGUUCGCGCGAAACGUUGAUCAGAGAAGUGUCACGUUUGAAAAAGCGAUUGAAAUGGGAAAAGACUAUCACAAAAGAACAAAGGCCUUAAUUCUUCGUGGUGCUAUUCUGCGCAACCAAAUCGUCGUCAAAAGCCCUCCUCGCGAGGCAAGUUCUGGCGAUGUCUCCAUGCCUGUUACGAGAUAGGGGCGCUCGGAGCAAUUGAAGUCCCCUCAAUGUUCACUAAAACUUUUACUAAUGUUUCAUGACAUCAAGUAUAUUUCUGAAGUUGAACAUUGUAACAGUUGACUCUUUUUUCAUUCUAUGCACGAUAAUUUAAAUAAAUUUGUUUAGUUCGAGUACAGUGUACGCGUCGAAGCUCUUAAUUUAUUCGCUCUGCGGUUAAUUUGUCUGUGGUUGUUGGUGAUUCUUACACUCUAGGCAAAAUGGAUUAAACCCUAAUAUCAGGCCAUUCCAAUAAAAGCCUCUGAGCAUUGA